AUGAGCCAGAUCGAUCACAACAUCGAGCUAGAGUCUUUUAGUUCUCAGCAUCCAGACCUAGAGACGACCUAUACAGACGGGGUGCCUGAAGAGUUUGGCCAGAGCAUUCUUGAAGAAGUGGUAAGUCAUGGCUCAUCGAGCGAUGACUCUGUGCCAGCGCCGCCUCCUGAUGGUGGGUGGAGAGCCUGGUGCGUUGUUCUGUCAAGCCAUCUCGUGUACAUGAACACUUGGGGCUGGGUUAACUCAUUCGGCAUCUUCCAAGCCUACUACACCCAGAGCCUUUCCCUUCCUGCAAGCAGGGUCUCGUGGAUCGGAUCAAUCAGCAUUUUCCUUCUCUUCUUUGUUGGAGCCUUGACAGGCCGUCUCGUCGACGCCGGCUACUUUCGCUGGGUCUUCAGUGUAGGCAUUGUCCUUCAAGUCUCUGGAGUGAUGGCCACUUCUGUAAGUACACACUACUGGCACUACUUUGCUGUUCAGGGCGUCGUUGUCGGGCUGGGGCAUAGCUGUGUGUUUUGCCCUGUCUUGGCGGUUCUUUCGACGUACUUUGCUAAGCGACGAGCCUUGGCUAUGGGAAUUGCUGCGUGCGGAAGUGCCACAGGAGGGGUCUUGUUCCCUAUCAUAGUACGGCUUCUCCUCCCCAAGGUUGGUUUUGCGUGGACUUUGAGGAUCACGGGCUUUGUGCAGCUGGUCGCCUUGACAAUUGCUCUGGUCUUGGCCAAACCGAGAAUCAAACCGCAACGAUCCGGUCCUUUGAUUGACUUUUCUGCCUUUAUGGAUAUCGAGUAUACGCUGUACGUUAUCGCCUCCUUCUUUACUUGCCUGGCCGUCUAUCUUGCUUACUACUUUAUCGCAGCGUACUCUCAAACCGCCAUUCAUCCGCCCUUGGCCUUUGCUGACUCUCUUGACCUAGUCAUAAUCCUUAAUGGCGUCGGCGUCAUAGGGCGUGUGCUAUCCAAUUGGGUGGCCGACUAUACUGGCGCCAUUAACGUCUUUGCACCACACGCGCUGCCUGGGCUCUAUGCAUGGUCUGUCCUCUACGGCAUCAUAGCUGCAGCAAUUCAAAGUCUGUUCCCCACCGGCGUGUCGCUACUGACGGAAGAUCUGAGCAAGAUCGGCUCGAGAAUUGGUAUGGCGUUUACGGUUGCGAGCUUUGCGACGCUGACAGGACCCCCGAUCGCAGGAGCAAUUAUUGAUCAUGAAGGUGGUUACAAGGGAGCGCAGGCGUUCGCGGGAACGGCUAUGCUGUUGGGUGCUGGGUUUUUGAUUGCGGCGAAGAAGAGACGCAUGAAGAGAACGGGAGCAGGGUGGACGGAUAAUAUUUAA